AUGUCAGCUGAGAAGACAAAAAAUGAAAAAAUAAUGGCACUCCUAAAUAAGAAAUCCAAACAAAAAGCAUCCGGUACUUCGAACGACACGAAAAAACCAACAGAAUCAGAAGAUGAACCUGUACCAAGCACUUCUGUGAGCUCGAAUGAGCCGUGUACUAGUUCAGAAGUGUUACUUUCUGAAGAGGAGCAAAGAAAACAAGAACUAAGAAACAAGGCUAAAUCAAAACUUCUGUUUGAAGCAAAACGAGCAAAAGAUCGUGCGGAACAGUUCGGUCCACAAGGAUGGCUGAAACCGAAAAGCUUGAACACAAACAAAGAGUUCUUGCGGCGGACCAUUCAAUCGACAGUACCGAGGAGAAGUAAAAAAAAGGAAUAA